UCACUGCCAGGAGUCCUUUUCUUCUCCUCUGCCUCUCUCUGUUUUCCUCUUGCUCUCCCUGCAGCCUCACAGUGAGUGAGUGGGUGUGUCGAUGCGGGCCAGUGCAGCCUAGUCGCUGCUUGUGCGCACUCUGAAAAAGAGGAAAAAAGUUGAUGAUGAGUUUAGUGUGAGAGCGGCCCGCCUCGGAGCAGGCUCACCGUCCAGGAAUGGCAGUGUGGACCCGAGCGGACAAAAACGGUCAGUUGGACCUUCUCCUCCGGGACCGAUGGAUCCGAGUGGCCGCUGAGCUCACCCGAGAAACGCUGACUUUAACGGCAGAGGCGGAGGCAACCGGACAGGGGGGCAACCACUGGGAUUACAACAACUCCUCGGCGGGCCUGCGGAAUGGCAUGUCGAACGGAAACGACCCGGGACCAGGUCCGGGGACCCCUGGCCGGGGUCCGUCUGCGGGUCAGGAGCAACUACAGAACCAGAACCACGGGGGGCGGGGGGGACGCAGCGGAAGCCCGGGGCGAGGUGGUGGCAGUCGGGGUCAAUACGACGGCAACUACGGUCUAAACAGCUCCGGAAAGUACCCGAAUAACGGCACAAACUCAGACUUUGGAAGCCCCGGCUCCAGCUACGGGAGCCCCGGGUCCAGCUUCAGCUCGAGACAGGGCGACUGUCCGGUUAGUCUGGACGGCUCCUCGGAGGCGGUGAGGAAGGUCCGAGUUGUCAAACAGGAGUCUGGCGGGCUGGGGAUAAGUAUCAAGGGGGGGCGCGAGAACCGGAUGCCCAUCCUCAUUUCAAAGAUCUUCCCCGGGCUCGCCGCGGACCAGAGCCGGGCUCUGCGGGUGGGCGACGCGAUUCUGUCGGUGAACGGGAACGACCUCCGGGAGGCGACGCACGACCUGGCGGUGCAGGCGCUAAAGAAGGCGGGCAAAGAAGUGACGCUGGAGGUGAAGUACAUCCGCGAGGUUUCCCCGCUCUUCAAGAAGCCGUCCCUGGUGGCUGACCUGCCGUGGGACGGCAUCCGCCCACAGUCGCCCAGCUACAGCGGCAGCGAGGACUCCGGGUCCCCCAAACAUAGCAGCUCCUCCUCCUCCUCCAAAGACAGGAAGGUCAUCAGCCUGAAGAUGUGCUUCAUCAGCAGGAACCUCACAAUGCCAGAUCUGGAGAACAGACUGUUGGAGCUCCAUUCUCCAGACGGCCAGCACACAGUCGUGCUACGUUGUAAAGAUGGCCCCACCGCCAAUUCCUGGUUCACUGCCAUCCACACCAACAUUGCUGCCCUCCUGCCACAGACCCUGGCUCACAUCAAUUCCUACAUGGGGGCGUCGGCUUCCACGCACCCCCACCUCAAACACAUCGGGUGGUUGGCUGAACAGGUCCAGCUGGAAGGUGGACGGCAGCAGUACAGGCCGGUGGUCAUGGCGCUGACAGAGAAGGACAUCCUGCUGUUUGAAUCGGUGCCAUGGAGCAGAGAGUCCUGGUCCAUGCCUCUGCUCACACAUCCACUGCUAGCCACAAGGCUCGUUCACUCUGGUAGCGCCCGGGGGUCUCCUGCUCAGGGUUCAGACCUGGUGUUUGCCACUCGGACGGGCACGGGCCGAGGCAUCGAGUCCCACAUCUUCCGCGUGGAGACCCACUGGGAUCUGUCGUCGUGGACGCGAGCCCUAGUGCAGGGUGCACACGCCGCCGCUGAGCUCAUCAAAGAAGUCUCCAUCGGUGAGUGCUGCACGUUGAACAGACAAGACGUUCGGCUGACGCUGCACUAUGAGAAGGGCUUCACUGUGACAAGAGAACCAGCCGACCCAGCAGGGGGCGCCGUGCUGUUCAGAUACCCCUAUGAGAAGCUCAAAAUGUCAGCAGAUGAUGGAAUACGCAACCUUUAUCUUGACUUUGGGGGUCCAGAAGGAGAAAUGGUAUUUGACCUCCACUCGGGUCCAAAGCCGGUGGUGUUCGUUCUCCACUCCUUCCUGUCAGCCAAGCUCACCCGUAUGGGCCUGCUGACGUGAAAUAACCAACAGCGGCGUGGACGAGAGGUCACCAACGGGCUCAGGCACAGCGGGGAGAGGGGGUAGACACUCCCAGAAUGCUGAUAAUGGGAGUUCAUUUUUAAUUUCACUUUUUUUUUUGCAAUCUCUCCAUUCACAGCUGCAGUUAGGCCUGAGGUGUCGCCACAGGGACGAUUUAACCCACAAGUCGUUUUGUUGAUUGUCUCAAAAACGCGCCUUCUCUUCCGACUUCUCCUUUGCAUCUUAACAUUGUUUUAUUUGUAAGGUCAGGGGAAAGCAAGUGGCACUUUGCUUGAAGCCUUGAGGUGUUUAGUAGACAGUUACAAUGUAAUAAUAUAUGAAAAAUAGCUAUUAACGAUCUCAUAACAUUCCAUGUGAUAAUGUAUUAAUCAUUGUAAUUACUGUUAAAAAAACAUCACCAGUGCACUUCAAGUAAAGUUUUACUGAAAAAUGUAAAGGAGAGGAGGAUUUUUUUAGGCAAUUAAUACACAGCCAAGCACAGAUUGGUGAACGCUCCCUGUUUUCACUCUAUGCCUAUCAUUCCAUGACAGCCUUUCAAUGUACUUUGGGCUCUUCUUAUGUACUUCUUUGUCUUUAUCUGUCGACACACGAGAGAAAGAAGCAGUUUUAGAGUCAGAAUGCAGUUAACUGAGCAGAGAUUGUGUGACUGAAGACAAGAAAUUUGUAUACGUGUGUGUGUGUGCGGUGUGUGUGUGUGUCUCAAUACUACAUGCUCCUGUUGGCUUGAUAGUGUGCCUGCUGUCUGCCAGACUCACCUUUUAGCACAUGAUCCCAAACUACUGUUGUAAUCAGGAUCGCCAACUGUGCCUUUCUACAUGUAGUUAGAGACACUCUUUGUAACAUUUCCUUUUUUUAUUUCCCACACAAUAAGAGAAUUUUAAGCUUUUGACAUGCACAAGCAAUAGUAUUACUCUUAUAGUGUAAACUAUGUUAUGUUGUGUUUUUUUUAAAGUGUAUUACGCAUGAUAGCAUGACUUCCUGACAUUGAACUCAAAAUGAACUCUGUAUCAGAUGAUGAUAUAUAUAUAUAUAUGACAUGACUGUGUGUUACCUCCUUUCCUUCACCGACACUACCACAUCGUCUCAAUGUCGCCAUCGUUCCAUUCCACUUUGCUUGAGAUUACUUGUCUCUUGUUACCAUCCUUGAAGAACAUGUCCUAAACUCUGGCCAGAGACUGUUAAACAGCCUUUUUACAAGGCGGAACAUCACAUCACAGAAGUACUAAUAUAGUUUAAUAAUUUGAACAGUAAUGGUCAAACAUUUCUGAGCUUCUACAAAUGCCUGCAUUAGAGAAUGUAACAGUACAGUUGAUUAUGAUCUUGAUUAUGAUCUCUACCUCUUGUAAGAAAGUGUGAUAAAAUAAUCUUAUUCAAGUGCCAAUGACUAGCUAUUUUCAGAGCUUUCUAAGCUUUCAAAGCUACUAAGUGGACCUUGAGAAAAGAUUAUUUUGUCAAACGACUAUUCCCCAGGUUGAAAAUCAACUUCUGCGCUUCUAAGAAUUUGUUCAUUAGAGCUACAAUCACAUUGCAGAAGAUCUCUCUUUUAAUGUAAUUUAAAAAACAAUUUUCUCACCCAGUUCGCACUCAUCUUUAAGUACAAUACCCAUAAUCUAGGUUUUGUUUAUUGGUUUUUUUUGGGUUUUUUUGUUGAAUUUAAGUUGGCCUCCCUUUCAUUCAUCUGUUCAGUCUGGUGCCUGUAUUGAGAUGUCAAUGAGUUCAACAUGACUGUAAUUAACAAACUUUCAUAACCUUCAGUUGGUUCAUGGUACAUGUUUCUAAAGUAACCCUUCAGUAGGGCCACUGUGUUCUUUUGGACCUCAGACAAUGUACCAUUGUGUCCGCUGACCGUGCAACACAGGAAAACAAGAUAACCCUUCUGUCCUCGGAUAACUAAACACAGUUGCCCAUUUGAAUGACCUUUAUUCUAUUUUGGACUCUGAUAUCCUUGUGGUUGUUUGAACAACAUUUUUUUUGCUUUUAUAUUAAAGUGAAAAUGUACAACUAUAUAGUUUUUAUAGCCAUGUACCUCUUUUUAAAGUUAUGGUAAAUAAAUGACUGUUUAAAAGGAGAGGCAGACCUUGAUUUUCUUAAAACAUCAUGUGUACAUGGGAGGUUGGACUUAUAUACCCUGAAACAGUUGAAGCAAUGGUGAUUUCACAAAAAUUUUCAUGUAAUGUGUUUCCUGUUUCUGUUACCCACUGCACAGACCUGAUUGUCUCAAGUUGGUCAACCUUCACCAUGCUAUAGGCCGUCCUUCUGUGAGCCUAAUGCACUAACCUUCAAACCCCCUUAAACCUGUGAAUGUACACCUCUUCUCUUCAUCCAGGUGAUUUUUUUUUUCAAAUAUCCUUUUGUCUUUAUGUCCUAAAAUUGUGUCCUGACAUCCUGUCUAUGCAAAGCAAUGCUUCUAAGAGGGGGGUUUUGAACCAAAGGUAAUAUCUGUGGCAGCUUGCGUCCAACACAAUCAUUAAACUGAAAAGUCACAAGAGGAUUAAGUGCUGCUGCAUAAACCUGUCAUAUGCAAAGUAUUUUAGACGUCCUAUCGAGAUCCAGUAUACAAUGUAUGAUAGCAAUGUAAUAAUCUCAAAUGUAAAUACCUACCAAUAAAACUGUUACAAAUGA